GUUUGACACUCCUCGUGAUUUCAAUUUGCAGGUGCUUCACGAGCCAAUUUCGCUCGAGCAAGUAUUUGCUUUCACAUUAUGGCUGACGUCUCGUCGGUUCGCGUCCUAGCUAUAGCCAGCCAUGUCACUUCCGGCUAUGUGGGUAACACCAUGGCCACGUUCUGCUUGCAGACAUUGGGUUGUGAAGUUUCGGCGAUCCACACAGUCAAUUACAGCAACCAUGUGGCCUACAGACGCUUCAAAGGGCGAAAGUCAACGUCUGAAGAAGUAGCGGAGCUCUAUGCUGGCCUCAAAGAGACUGGUCUGGCCAACUUCGAAGUGAUGCUCUCAGGCUAUUGUCCAUCCGCGAGCGUGGUGGAAGAAGUGGGCAAGAUCGCGAGAGACGUUAAGCUGAGAGCCAAUACUAGACCCGGAUCAUUCUUCUGGGCUUUGGAUCCGGUCAUGGGUGACAAUGGCCGCCUUUAUGUCCCCGAGGAGACCGUGCCGAUCUACAAAGGCCUUAUUCGAGACGCGGAUCUCAUUCUUCCGAAUCAAUUCGAAGCGGAGCUGCUCUCGGAGGUGAAGAUCCAUGACCUAACGAGCAUUUCCGAGGCCAUCACAAAACUGCAUCAGGAAUAUAACGUCCCUCACGUUAUCAUCACGUCAGUCCGCUUAUCGUCUGAUGGAUCCACGGCCACGUCGUCUCAAGACUCCGCACAGCCAGUCGCGACACUUUCGGUCGUGGGCUCCACAGCGACUACAGAUUUCAAACCGCGACUGUUUCAGAUCACUGUCCCAGCCUUCCCCAUCAUGUUUUCCGGCACGGGAGAUAUGUUUGCAGCGCUGGUCGUUGCGCGCCUGAGACAGACCGUUGACCAGGCAGGUGUUCUCGAUCAGGCCCAGUGGCGAAGCCCAGACGAGGUGGCAGCCUCUGACCUCCCGCUGGCUAGGGCGACGGAGAAAGCUCUGGCGAGCAUGAACGCGGUGCUCGAAAACACGGCAGCUCACUAUGCAGCAGUAGCUGCAUCUUUGGAGAGCGAUCCCUUGAUGGCUUUACCAGAGGACUCGCCGGAGGAGGCGAUCGCGACGAACAACAUGCAACGCCAUUUACGUCUCACUCACGCUGCUGAAGUCAGAGUCGUGCAGAAUACAGAAGCACUGAGAAACCCGCCUCAUCCGGAAGAUUUUCGAGCGCAUUCACUAUAGAACAUGGACCUAGAGAGACAAAUAUACUUUGUCGCCGAAAUAAACGUGCCGCUCGUUGAUCGUUGAACAUUGGGGGAAUCAUAUCCAGAGCAUCAUGUAAAAUGUGUGUUGUGAAGUCAUUCAUUCGUGUGACGAAGACAAAACCCCAAAUGGAGAAAACGCUAUGCGUUCCGUGCCCAGUAGCACCCACAUGCC